AUGCCUCCCUAUGAAGCAUUAUAUGGGAGAAAAUGUAGAACUUCUCUUUGUUGGAGUGAAGUUGGUGAAAGAAAAAUUGUUGGUCCUGAGAUUGUGCAACAAACUGAAGAUAAGAUAAAAAUUAUCAAGGGUCGUCUAAAAAUUACCUCAGAUAGACAAAAGUCUUAUGCUGAUCUUAAGAGGCGUGAAAUUGAACAUCAAGUGGGAGAUAAGGUAUUUUUAAAGGUUUCUCCAUCGAAGAAGAUUAUGAGAUUUGGCCAAAAAGGAAAACUUAGUCCUCGAUUUAUUAGACCAUAUGAAGUACUUGAGAGAGUUGGUCCAGUUGCAUAUAAACUAGCUCUUCCACCGGAGUUAGAUAAGAUCUACAAUGUCUUCCAUGUUUCCAUGCUUAGAAGAUAUUGCUCAAUUCCAUCUCAUAUUCUUCCUGUUGAAUCCAUUAAGAGCACGAGACAGGUUCCACAUCUACUCCUCGCGACUGAUUCCCGAGGCCUUUGCUGUCGAGUAUCUAGGAAGUAUAAGGUAGCGACUUCUUACCAUCCUCUGACGAGUGGUCAAGUAGAGGUGUCGAAUCGAGAGAUCAAGAGAAUCUUAGAGAAGACUGUGAGCGUUAGUAGGAAAGACUUGUCUCUGAAACUUGAUGAUGCUUUGUGGGCCUACAGAAGAAGCUACAAGACGCCCAUUGGCACAUCUCCAUACAAGCUAGUUUUCGGUAAGGUGUGUCAUCUAUCGGUUGAACUUGAGCACAGAGCUUAUUGGGCGAUAAAGAAACUGAACUUAGACUUGGUACAAACUGGUGACAAGCGAUUGUUGCAGCUGCACGAGUUGGAUGAAUUUCGCUAUUAUGCACAUGAGAAUGCAAAAAUGUACAAGGAGCGAACAAAGAGAAUACGCGAUAAGCAAAUCCAUCCUCGUGAGUUUGAGUCAGGGCAGUUAGCUUUGUUGUAUAAUUCCUGA